AUGAGUGAGGAUUCCAUGAAUGACAUAGACAUGUAUGACAUAGACGAUGAUGACAAUUGGGUGGAUGACAUAGACAUGGAUGCCGAUGUGGGUGACGUAAGCGAUGAUGAUGACAUGGAUGGUGAUGGCACAACUGAUGUAAUGAUUGAUUUGGCCCUUUAUGAGAUGGAGCUAAAAAUCAUGGGAUUGCAACUAGAAUUGCAUGAAUUGAAAUCUAGAUUAAAAGCCACUUACAUUGCUCUUUGUAACACAUUAGAACAAAAUGGGCUUUUACGCAACACCCGAGCUGUUCAGGUAACAGAGCAACUGGCUGCAUUUUGUUUGGUCAUGUCACAAUGUUGGUCAGCACGAUCCGUGGCUGACAGGUUACAACGAUCAACAUACUUCAUAAGCGUUUAUGUUAGAAAAUCGGCAAGAGCACUUUGUCAAUUGGGGAAAUCAAUUUUACAACCCAAUCCUGUUCCGCUACCACAUCCCAAUGUCGCCAAUAACGCUAUGUACUACCCAUGGUUUGCGGAUUGUAUUGGAACAAUUGAUGGAACACAAAUAGAUGCACGUGUAUCAAGUAAAAAGCAUAUUCACUACCGAGGUAGGAAGUGCACCACAACUCAAAAUGUCAUGUGCGUUGUGGAUCUGGAUCUUUGCUUCACAUAUGUUUAUGCUGGAUGGGAAGGGAGCACGCAUGACGCACGUAUUUUCACAAUGUGCGUUAACGAUUCGAGGUUAAAAUUUUCAACUCCAGUACGAGAUGCCUACUACUUGGUGGACUCGGGUUACGGUUUAUACCGAGGAUUCCUAACACCUUUUAGAAGGGAACGCUACCAUCUUCAAGAGUGGCCAGACGGGGGUUUACCAAUUAAUCAAAGGGAGAGAUUUAAUCGUAGACACGCGUCGCUGAGGUCAGUUGUGGAACGCGCAUUCGGAGUGUUGAAGAACCGUUUUCCUAUCAUGAGGAAAAUGCCUCCAUACCCAAUCCGGUAUUAG